AUGAGUGCGGUGUUUGAAGGUUACGAGCGUCAAUACUGUGAGCUGUCUUCAAAUCUGUCAAGACAAUGCAGUGCAGCCUCUUCUCUUGAUGGAGGUAAGCAGAAGAAGCAGAAAAUUUCUGAAAUAAAAGCUGGAAUGGAUGAUGGUGAUACAUUGAUUCGAAAAAUGGAGCUUGAAGCUAGGAGUUUGCAAGCAAGCAUGAAGGCAUCUCUUCUUGUCAAGUUAAAGGAAUACAAAACCGAUUUGAACAACUUGAAAAGUGAGCUUAAAAGAAUCACAUCGGCUGCUAAUAAUAAUAAAGAUGAGUUGUUGGAAUUGGGACAGGCUGAUACAUUGGCGGUGUCAUCAAACGAUCACAGAGGAAGACUGGUGAUGUCUACAGAGAGAUUGAAUCAGUCGUCUGAAAGAAUAAAGGAGAGCAGGAGAAGCAUGCUGGAAACAGAGGAGCUUGGCGCCGCCAUCCUCCAAGAUUUGCAUCAACAACGCCAGUCACUACUUCAUGCCCACAACACGCUUCAUGGAGUGGAUGAUAACAUCGACAAAAGCAAGAAGAUUUUGACAGCUAUCUCAAGAAGGAUGAGUAGGAAUAAAUGGAUUCUUGGCUCCUUCAUGGCGGCCAUAGUCCUUGCAAUUAUAGUUAUCUUAACCAUUAAAGUCUCUCGUUAGCCCCCUUUCAUGUAACAAUACUCAUUUUUAUAUUUAAAAUAAAAAUAAAAGAAAUUAGCGGCAGCUCCAUAAAGUAACUAAAAUGCUAAGAGGU